GGUACCCAGGAGGAACAGCUGAAUGUUAACCUCAAGGGAAACUUGACCCUGGAGGAGGUGCAUCGGAGCCAGAGCGGUAUCUAUGGCUGCAGAGUGGAGGACUACGAUGCCGAUGAGGAAGUACAACUUGUCAAGAAGCUAAGGCUGCGAGUGGCCUACCUGGAUCCGUUGGAGCUGAGCACGCCUGAGGAGCAAUUCGUCUUCCUGAACAGCAGUGGCACGGUGGUGAACUGCUCCGCUAGAGGCCUGCCUGCUCCUACUGUGCGCUGGACCAAGGAUUCUGUGACCCUUGCAGAUGGCCCCGUGCUCUCUCUCGACUCUGUGACCUUUGACUCAGCUGGCACCUACACAUGUGAGGCGUCCACACCCACAGUCCCCCUCCUGAGCCGCACACAGAGUUUCCAGCUUGUGGUCCAAG